AUGAAAUCUGUUAGUUCUCUUAAAAAACAACAUUUAAAAAGUUACCGCAAUUUUUACAAACUCACAAAAGAUGGUAUUAAAAAUAUGGGAAGAUAUCGGAAGUAUAAAGUUAUUAAAAAGCUAUUUGAUCUUACCUCAGAUGCACAAUUAGCUGUUGAAAGAAAUCAGAUCCCCUUCACAGAUUACUUUAAUGUAAUUGAAGAAAUUAAGAUUAGGGCAUCUGAUAUUUUUAAUGAGAAUAAAAUUCACAAAAAAGAUUCAAUGGAAUAUAUCAAAAAUCUUUUAAAGAAUGAUAUUUAUUCUAAAAUAACAGAAGUUGAAAUUCAAAAGGCUUUCAAGAAAUUUUUGAAUUCUAAAGGAGAAGAACCAAAACAAACUUGGUGUGAAACAUGUGAAGACGAUUACGAAUCUUGUGGUCACAAACGAAAAGAAAUAAGAUUUUUAGAAGUAGUCAGAUUUUUUCAAUUUUCAAAACAGUAUUGUGAUCAUGAUCAUUAUUUUAUAGUUAGUGAUUUCAUUCAAAAUAAAUGGGUUUCUAGAAAAUUAGAAGAAUUCGAUAUAUUACAGAAUAUUAUGACGGAGUGA